AUGCGUAGAACGGAAAGUUUAGACCAUUUAAAUCAUAAGCAACACCAAGAGCAGAGCAAGAAAAGAUCAAACAGAUCCAAAUCCAAGCCUAAAUCAGCUCGCAAAUCUCAUCAUCAUGCAGGGAGAUCCCCUUCCAUCGUCAGACUUUUAACCUACGACCCUAGUUUUGAAGAAUUCGAUACUGCGAAAUAUGAAGGCGAAGUAAAUUAUUAUAGGAAGGCAAAAGUCACCAAUCUCAAGAGCAUUGUUGCCGGAACUUAUAAUAAAACUAGUCGAAUCACCACCACCACCGAGGACGAGAAGGAUAAACCAUCCACGAAUAAUGAAUCGUUGCUGCAAAUACUGAAAGCACCUACCGUCCCCACCUCGGUGUCAACUUCCCCCUUCGAGAGAGAGGAGUUGGACCAUAAUAGACACAGUGGAAUUGGUGAUAAUGGUGAUAAUUUUCAUGACGACGAUGACGAUGAUGAUAAUGAUUACGACGUAUCUGAAGUGGAAACUGUGCUGCACAUUCCAAUUAAGAAAGAUGGUCAUGUCCCCUCACCACCCAAAAAUGACAGAUUGGUCAGUGGUUCUUCACAUUUUGAGAAGAAUAAUACCACCCCCUCAAAUCUUUGGGGUUCUUCCUCCACGAAUUUCGACCCCCCACAUCCCACCUCGUCCACAGAAUCCAUAAAAUUCUCCCUGGACGAACUUGACGAGUGGGAGACAAUUUUUACAAAAACUUACAAAGAGGAACAAACCUCGAUAGAAAAGUCGCAUGUCGAACCUUGGCGAAAGUUGGAGCAACUCUAUAAUCUCUACCGCUCCUGGGUUCUAGACCUUUACGAACAACUGGACAAAUUUUACGACACGUUUGAAGAAUUCCAAUCUGCCACGGAAUUUGAUCGGAGAGAAUUUUCCCAAGAAAUCCAUAACUUACAAACACAGCUUUAUAACUCACAGUUAGAAAUCUGUCAUGAAAGGGGGAAAGUGGAAAUGAUAGAGAAGGAUAAUCAUCGACACGUUAAAAUUAUUGAGAAACUUAAAGCCACAGUAUCCAACCUAAAAUUGGCAGAAGCAGAAAAAUUGCAGCAUUUGGAAAAAGUUCAGAAUGACGAGGUAAAAGCUGAACAAAUCGCCUUGGAGCAAUGUAGAGCAAAAGUUUUCUUGAAAGAAAGGCACAUACAAAAGCUAAAUAUCGAAGAGCAGGCCAUGAAAUGCAGAAUACGAGCGAGCCAACGGGAAGAAUCUCAUCUUCAAAGCCAACUUACCAAGUUGCGAGCCGUGGUGAUGACGAUGGAAAAUCGAGUUCGGGACGUGAGACGUGCCGAGGAUAAAGAAUUGGACGAAUGCUGGAGGAAUCUUAGCUCUGGAGCAGAUUGAGACUCGAAUGGUUGGACUUUCAUAACA